AUGUUCGCAGUGCAAGGAUGGAACGUGUCUACUAGUGGCCUCGUGCAGCAACAGGCUAAAAGAUCAGCGACCGGCGCACCUGCCCAAGCCGGCAAUGAAUCAAGGAAACGCAAAAGACCAGAUCGAGACUCUGGGGUCUCCAGGAAGAUUGAGGGGGGAGAGUUAGAGAAGCUAUGGAAUCAGAGGUUCGGUGACGAGAAGUCGACCAAGAAAGCUGGUAAGGAGGACAGGCACGAUGACCGCAGGCGAGAUAGCCAUGAGACAACUCAGUCCCCAGCCCUUGCUACCAAACGCUCGACGCAUCCUGAGAAUAAGAAAAAGUUGUAUCAGAGGGACCAUUCAAGCCCAGGAAAAGCCAAUGGAUCCAAGUCCACAACGACGACAAUAAAGCAUGACAAGAAUAAGAAGCAGGGCCGCGGCCAAAAGAGCAACGCUCACAAUGCUUCAGAAUCUACCGAUACCAGCUCCAUAGUCGACACGUUGCCGCCUCCUCCACCGCCAGCGACAAACCUCACACCGCUACAGGCUAAAAUGCGCGCUAAACUCACAUCCGCGCGCUUUCGCCAUCUAAACGAAACCCUCUAUACCACUCCCUCCUCCACCGCCCUAUCGCUCUUCACCAACACUCCGUCCCUUUUCGCCGAAUAUCAUGCUGGGUUUUCCCAGCAAGUCUCGUCAAGCUGGCCUCACAACCCUGUCCUCGACUUCAUCGCUGCGAUCAAGGCUCGCGGGCCACUCUCUCCCGCUCCACCCGAUCCUUUGCCCCGUCGGAAGACAGGGUCUUGCACGAUCGCCGACUUGGGGUGUGGAGAUGCGCCCCUCGCUCGUGGUCUGAUACCUGGGCCGGCCAAGAAGAUGAAGUUGACAAUCCACUCAUACGAUUUGCAUGCGCCGAAUCAACAUGUUACAGUGGCUGAUAUUGCCAACCUUCCGUUGCGAGAUGGCGAAGCAGACAUUGCCGUGUUCUCCUUGAGCUUGAUGGGCACCAACUGGAUAGAUUUUGUUGAAGAAGCUUGGCGCGUGCUGAGGGGCGACGGAAAGGGUGAGGUCUGGGUGGCGGAAGUGAAGUCGAGAUUUGCACGAGGAGGCGAUGGCAAAUAUAAGAAAGGAGAGGCCGUGGCACAUAGCGUGGGGAAGCAGCGGAAGCCACUCAAGGGAAAGAAAGCCAAAAACACAAAGGGAGGCGGCGAAGAAGAAGAAGGCGAUGAGGCGGAUUUACCAGUCGACCUAUUCACUUCUGAGGCGAGCAUCCAACCGUUGGGAGAUACACCAGACCUACGCCCGUUCAUCAAUAUCUGGACGAGCCGGGGCUUUCAGUUGAAGCCAAACAGCAUUGAUGCGAAGAACAAAAUGUUCGUGUCCAUGACGUUCUUUAAGUCUGGCAUUCCCACGGUGGGGAAGCACAGAGGUAUGAAGUGGAAUGGGAAGGAGUACGAACGGAUUGGAAAAGCGAAUGGCGAAGAUGAUACCGAUACGGCAACGGAGGGCAAGGUUCUGAAGCCUUGCGUCUACAAGUUGCGAUAG